UUGCUGGAGUGCAGAUCCAGCCCAUUCGUCCUCCAAACCUUACAGGGAUUGCCGUCUACUGUCUCUCUGGUCAGCCAGUCACGUGACGUCUACGGCGAAGUUACCUUGGCGUGUUAUGUCACUCCGAAGGAAGGAGAUUAUAAAAAGAGCCAGCAUCAGACAACCUGUAAGACAGAGUGAUCACUAGUGCGGUCAGAGGCACAUCGCGUGCUUACAUGAACGUAUAAAGUGAUCGGCGCUGCAGCUGACCACUCACUCCCAUCUAGAGCCGUAUUUAAGAAUGACUAGGAGCCAUACCGUCUCUCCCUCUAAGCGUCUGCAUGGAGUAGGCUGGAGUUAGGAUCAUGGUGGUACCGAGAAAACUGCUAAACGAGGUGAGAAUGAAGACAAGGCUGUUCAUAUGUCCGUCUGGGCAGCGUCCUCACACCACGAGUCUUCAACCCACUGCUGUUGCCGUCCUGGAAACGGAACUCGAGGACAUCAGGGGUGCCAAACCUUACAGCAAAGUGCCAGGACCUAGAGAGUUGCCACUUGUUGGCAACGCAUGGAGGUUUCUGCCUUACAUCGGUCACUUCUCCAUCGAGAAGUUGGAUGUAGUCAUGUGGUCACUUUACAAAGACUACGGCAAAGUAGUGAAAGUAGGGGGUCUGAUCGGACACCCUGACCUCGUAUUCGUGUUCGACGGCGAUUACAUCGAGAACGUCUUCAGGAGGGAAGAAGUGCAGCCCCACCGGCCCUCCAUGCCCUCACUCCGCUACUACAAGCAGCAUCUCAGAAAGGAUUUCUUCGGUGAAACGCCCGGCCUCAUUGGCAUACAUGGGCCCCAGUGGGACGAGUUUAGGAGCAAAGUACAGCAGGUGAUGCUGCAUUCUGGGGCCGCCAGGAAGUACGUGGGCCCACUCAACGAAGUGGCAAGCGACUUCAUGACGAGGAUACACAUCCUUCGAGACGAAAAAAAUGAGUUGCCAGAAGACUUCCUUGGUGAAAUUUACAAAUGGGCACUAGAAUCAAUUGGCAGCGUGGCGCUGGACACAAGGCUUGGAUGCCUGAACAGCGAAAUUUCAAGCGAUUCUGAAACGCGUCGUAUCAUCCAGUCGAUACACACCUUCUUCGUGAAUGUGGCUGAAGUAGAACUCAGGACCCCUUUCUGGAGGGUCUUCAGUACUCCCACAUGGAAAAAAUAUAUUGGAGCCCUCGACGUCUUCAGAGAGCUGUGUAUGAAGUACAUAACAGAAGCAGUGGACCGUCUGAGCCAAGAAGGAACGGGGACAGAUGAAGAAAUGUCCAUUAUAGAGAAAAUCAUCAAGAAGACUUCCGACCCCAAAAUUGCCGCAGUUCUCGCUCUUGACUUGCUACUUGUGGGGGUGGACACAACGUCUAUAUCAGUGAGUUCAUCACUGUAUCAGCUGGCGAAGAACCCAGAAAAACAGGACAAAUUGUACAGAGAACUUGAAACAGUGCUACCAACUCCAGAAACACCUGUAGAUGUGAAGUGCCUAGACAAACUCACAUAUCUAAAAGCUUGCAUCAAAGAAACAUUAAGGAUGUACCCUGUAAUAAUAGGCAAUGGAAGGAGUCUCCAGUCAGAUGCCGUAAUUGGAGGAUACAGAAUACCAAAAGGCACACACAUCAUAUUUCCUCAUCUCGUAGUGAGCAACAUCGAGGAAAACUUCCCAGCGCCUGACCGAUUUCUACCUGAACGAUGGCUCAAAUCCGAUCAGUGCCCCCUCACAGCCGGAAGCAAGAUCCACCCCUUCGUGUCACUGCCCUUCGGGUUUGGGCGUCGAACGUGUAUCGGGAGGCGAUUCGCGGAGGCAGAACUUCACAUCCUACUUGCCAAGAUAUUUCGAAAGUACCGCGUGGAAUAUCACUAUGAAGACUUCCGAUACAAGAUAUGCCCUACGUAUAUUCCAGAGAACCCUCUCAAGUUUCGUCUCAUUGAACGACACGACUUACGUCACAACUAGGACACUUCAAUGACGUCUCAGUGACCGUCUUAUUUACCCACGAAACGUCCUGGGCUUAGGCACGAACAUCCAGGAUUCUGUGCCGAAUGUUCUGCUAUUUUUUAAAAAGUGUUUCGAAACGAUGGUGAGAAUCGUGGAACAUAUCAUGCAUAAACCAUAAUUAUUUCAGUCAUACAACACAAAUGAAAAACAUGUGAAUUGGGAGGUUGAGAUGUAGGUUGGACGAUAAUGUCAAAGCGCGUCUUAAGUAGGGUGUGAGGAUUUGAGAGGAUUCACUCGGCACAGGACAGGAUGCAGUGGCGAAUUCCUGUAAAUACGGUAAAUAAUCUUCGAAUUCCAUGCAAGGCCAUGAAUUUAUUAUCCAACUGAAUAAGACUCAGUCUCUAAAAAUGACUCAGCUCUAUGGAGUUAUUUAAGUUGUUAUUAAUUGUAGUAAUUAAUUUCACACACACUGCCUAUUUUUGUAGUACUGGUAUAGAAACUCCGUUUUGUAUAUUUUUAAUGUUCGACCGCUGAAAAAAAUUUAAAAACUUAUAUAAAACGAGAGAACGGCAUGAAAGUCGCGAGAAAAUCGUGUUCGAUUAAUCGAUUUUAAGGUUAUAAAAUAGUGCCAGUUAUUCAAUGUACUUGCCAUUCUAUUUUAAGAAUUAAAAUGGAACAAAAACAUAUUCGCUUACCGACAGCUGCUAAACAGAAAAUAUGUUGGUGACGAGAGCUUCACUUACCUAGAAACAAAGAGAAUGCACCAGUUAGUAUUUAGUCUUAUCUUAGGCAGAUACUAACGUUUCGGGGAGAAUACUGUCUCCAUCUUCAGGAACAACACCGUUACUUCAACCCUGAAGAUGGACACAGUAUGUUUCUCCGAAACUAUGAUAUUUACCUGCGAGUCUAUAUGGAAUCCCACAGCAACAUUAUCAUCGAUAUCCAUAAAAUUACACACCCACGCUCGAAAAGAAAGAAUAAAUAGAGACCUAGGACAAGACAUAAGGACUUCCGUUUCUCUGAACCUUGGACACAACUUAAGUGCAUUGAAGGCGUGUACAAGAAUAAAUUAUCUCCAUAAUUACCAACUUUAACUGUUUGAAUUUAAUUAACAGACUAUCAAUGUAUGAAUUAAUGAGGCAAUCCAGAAUCAGCUACGGGUUUGCAUGCAAUAACUAUGAAGAUUUCAAACACGUGCCCCAGAAUUCGACUGGGGCGACAUCUACCGGCUAGUUAUAGCGUUAAAGCCAUCGAUCCAAUGCUGGUCGGAGGCCUUCGACAGCUCUUGCCACCUAUCGGAGAGAUGUGCAAACGCUUAGCUUGUAACAUGGCAGAACAGGAGUGCCGUAACAGUGGCACCACUGUCAAAUUAAGCACAGACUGAGAUUAGGCUAGAAUUGGUGAUAAUAUUAACUGCAUGAAAAUAAUUGUUCACCAAGUAUUUUUUGUAUAGAUCUUUGCUGUCACCUAAAGUUUCUACAUUUAAUAUAAAUAAUUCUGGUUACCUACAGAAAAUUGUAAUAUUAAAAUGCAUUAAUGUAUUUUCCUUUGUUUUCCUCAUAUUACCAAAUAUUUUCAUUCGUGAAGCACAUUCGAUUGGCUAUUAAUAAUCUGUAUCAUAAAACAAAAUUCGUGUUGUUGCUUUAGUUCCCAAAAUAGCCACACACGAGCAAAAGCGAAGAAACACCGUGAAGUAGCUUCUCGAAAAGUCGAUACAGAAUUGAAAUUCAAAAUUUAUCACAAAUCAAACACUUUCUUUAAGAAAAAAUCAUAAACCGCCAGCCUCUACACACUUGUAUUUUUUCAGAACUUUCUGUACCUGUUGGCCCUUCUUCUCCAAGACGCUUUAUCUGACUACCCCUAAGGUACCGAAAUUUUACACGGAGUUUCGCGGGUAUUUCCAGGGCGAUGGCCCCGAUGGUAAAGGAGAUCAAAUUCUGCCCGUCUGCGAGGCGAAAUAUCACAGAAGAGAGUCAUCCUAUUGUUAUAUUUUUAUGCAUCAUCAAAGGAAUCUUAAAACUCUUGUGAUAGAAUUACAAAAUUUACAGGUUUAUAUAAAAUAUGAGUCACAGACGGUUAACACCACCAUUACUGCCAACAUCAUCACGACGAAAAGUGUGUUACCACUUUGCUACAAAGCUGGCACACCUGUCUCCCUGUCUGGCGAAUUAAUUUAACCAGUAACCGGGUGAAAGCAUUAUAUCGAGAGGUAUUGAUUGCCACCAAACAAAGCCUUCACAUAUUUCAUGUUGUGUUCAUAUUUCAAUAAAGAUGCAUUGUUCAUUUA